GAUUAGACCCUUUACAGCGACGAAACGAUCUCGUGGAGCUGCACAGCGAGGAUGCGUUUGGCAGUGAGAGAGAGAAAGUGAAGCAGAUGAGCCAUGGCCACCACCAUAUCCACUUCUCUAUCUCUACCAAUUUUCCUCUCUACUUUCAAUCCAAAGCCUCACCAGUUUCUUCGUCUUCGUAGCUCAUCUACACCAAACAUUCUCUCUCGCCGACCAGCACUUCUCGUUCUGAAUCCACUUCGCCAAAAUUCUGCAAGAGGAAACUCAAUUCGGAGGCUCCAUGCCACUUCUGAACAAACUCUGGCCUCCGAAUCCGCCGCGCUGGUGGAGAAAUCGCAGGAGAUAACAUCCAGCGGCGACGACGGCGUAUCCACCAUCAUUUCCGCUCUUCUUUUUGUCGCUUUCAUCGGUCUAUCUAUUCUCACAAUCGGGGUAAUCUACAUUGCAGUUACGGACUUCUUGCAGAAGAGAGAGAAGGAAAAGUUUGAGAAAGUGGAGACGGCUAAGAACAAAAAGAGUGGGAAAAAGAAGAAGGUGAGAGCUAGAGCUGGACCGAGGGGAUUCGGCCAGAAGAUUGAAGAAGAAGAACAGGGCUAAUGUUAUCGACUGGUAUGAAUUGAGAGGGCAAAUUCUCAGAGUCUCAUUAAUUUUCCAUAAAUUCGGAUGAAUCUGCUUCAAAUUGCUGAGUUAGGUCACCGUAAAAUUUCUCUCAUGAAUUUCAGAUCCCUUUUUCUUCAAAUGCUUUAUUAUUCACUGCACAUCGGGAUGAUCCAGAAUUACUGAAUUUAAUUCAAUUUUAAAUGUUUGUGUGGUUUGGUCCGAGA